GACUAUUUAUUCAAGCUGCUCCUGAUCGGUGACUCUGGCGUCGGAAAGUCUUGUCUUCUACUCCGAUUUGCAGUAAGUGUCCUGCUGAUCCGUCCAUGUCCCAGAAGUGUCUCAUAGCCAUUCAUAACGUGCUCGUAAUCACUCAUUAGCUGUUCAAUAGGCUGACCCAGUCAUAUUAACAUUAAUAAUUAUAGUCCUAUUAUUAUUAUUAUUAAUAAUGAUAAUAAUGAUAAUAAUGAUGUAAUUAUUAGUGCUCUGCUUGGACUAAAUUCAGCAGGUAAGAACUGGCUGCCCUGUAAUGUAAAAAAGGUCAAGUCAAUCAUAGAAAUAGUAUUCAAAUUAAUAUUAAUACUGUAUUAUAGUAUUAAUACUCCAUGUUAAGUCAACAUUCUCUCGUUUACUCUCCUAUUGCGGUGAAUGAUCAUACUUUUCAUUCCUUUUUUCUCUAGACUGAGAAUGUAUGAAAGGGUUAAGGAUUUGUACUUUGAGCAGGAUGUCUGAAUGUUCCCACACCAACUCCUCUCAUUUCCUUUCUCCCCAGGAUGACACGUACACAGAAAGCUACAUUAGCACAAUCGGAGUGGACUUCAAAAUACGAACUAUAGAAUUAGACGGAAAGACCAUUAAACUUCAAAUCGUAAGUGCUUUCCCCGCCACAUCUCUUUGUCUUCUACUGUGUAAAGGGAAGCUCCAAGUUAUACUAACAAGGACCUAACAAGUAUGUAUUUCAGCAUCUGGCCACAUUUGGACCAAAAAAAUGCCAUUGUAGGCAUUCCAAAACCUAACUCUAGACUCUUCACCAAAUAUCCCAAGGCAGAGGCCUCCUAUCAUGGUUGACUACAAAAUGGUGAAUUAUCAGUUAGAAAUGCCCUUCUCUCAUUUGUGUGUUUUGGUCUUAUUUGUCACAGUUGAAUGUGCUAUGAAGCAGCAUCUAUUUGGCAGAGAUGUUGUACUCAUGUAUGUGUGUGUUUGGCCUUCCCGUAUUUGUGACUGAGCGUCUCUGCUGUGUGUUGACACUGACAGUGGGACACGGCAGGGCAGGAGAGGUUUCGCACAAUCACAUCCAGCUACUACAGAGGAGCCCACGGCAUCAUCGUAGUCUAUGACGUCACAGACCAGGUCAGUCUGCCUCUUUAGCACAGUCCAUCUUUACCUUUUCACUGUGUUUGGGUUUUCUAGAUUCUUUUCCACAAUUAGAUGUUUUUAAUUGAAAGUCAGGAGUGCAGGUGAACCUAAGGCCUAGAUUCAAUCAGAUCGAGCAUUAACCGGUGAUAGCCGAACCCCGCAUAGCUGAUGUUUUCGCGGUGUCGAAGGUGUAACUGCGUUGGAGCUGUCAAAUCGGUGGGCAGCUGCUCUUGAUCAUUGUCACGAAGCCACAUCUGUCCCACUCACAUUAGAAGUUCAGAACAAGAAAGUGUAGGCUAUAUAGAAAUAAUGACGCUCAAAUAGAAAAUCAUUAAACAAAAUAAUGAGGAUUUCUAUCAGCCUAAUCGAGGUGUAGAUUACAUCACACGUUCCAUUGUUCAAACUUGUAAACAUGGCUGCAUGGGGUUUCUUGUAAUGCGACACUAUGCAGCCAAUGUCCGCUUUAGGUAUAAUGCCAGGUGCCGCUUGUGGACUUGAAAGCUCUAACGCAUUUCCACCUCCGACACCGCCAAAACAACCGCUAUGCGGAUGUCGGUUAAAGCGGAUCUGAUUGAAUAGAGGCCUUACUUUGCAAAUAUCUUGCCUACCCUGACAUGUUGGUUUUGAUUAUCUUUCUUCUUCUAGGAGUCCUUCAACAAUGUCAAGCAGUGGCUACAGGAAAUCGACCGCUACGCCAGUGAAAAUGUCAACAAGCUAUUGGUGGGGAACAAGUGUGACCUGACAACAAAGAAAGUGGUGGAUUACACAACAGCAAAGGUAAGGGCUUCCAACAAAGACAAUGGGUUAUCAGAUGGCGCAGGAGUAAUGCAUUUUUCCAUUUAACUCUUUGAAAAAAUAGUCUAGAGCUGUGGUUUCCAAACUUUCACAUUUUUAUUUUGUUGAGGCCCCCAAACAAACCAAAUGUUUCUGGACACAAUCAGGUCUUUGUCUGCAACCCAGUAGUAAAAUAGUAGCAGUAAUAGUGUACAGUACUGUCAUGAAUGCAGCAUCUCCUCUAACCUCCUCUCUCCAUUCCUUUCGCUGCAGGAGUUUGCGGACUCCCUGGGCAUCCCAUUCUUGGAAACGAGUGCCAAGAAUGCCACCAAUGUAGAGCAGGCCUUCAUGACCAUGGCUGCUGAGAUCAAGAAGAGGAUGGGCCCUGGGGCUACGACCGGCGGCAACGAGAAGUCCAAUGUCAAGAUCCAGAGUACGCCUGUCAAACCUGCCUCGGGGGGCUGCUGC